AUGUCGCCAGUGGUCCCCUUCAAGUUCGCGCGAGCGGGUGUGCUGUUUCUCAGCUUUUCCUUCGGUAUUGUGGGUCUCGCGGUCGCUAUCAAUGCCGUAGUGAAAGCGAGCGAUGUGACAUCAUCCAUAUUGUCGAACCUUCCCUUCGGUAUCACCGUCAAGCUGAGCGAUAGCAACAUUCGGAACGUUGGUACCGUCCUCGCUGUUGGGUGCGGCCUGAGCGCGCUCAUGUCAUUUGUCUUCUUCCUCGGGACCCUCUUCUCCGGCGCCCGUGGCACCACAGCGGUGCCGCUCUUCACACGCACACUCCCCCUGCAAGCUGGAAUACUGGCAAUUCUUGCCCUUUGGAUCUUCGCUUGCGCAAUCCCCUUCGACGUCUUCUACGCGAACGACGAUAUCGGCAUCGACGCUGGGAUCCUGGGUAUCCAUGUGGCGUCACAGAUAGUAGACCAAGUGCUGGCCGUAUUGGGCCUAUCGCGGCAAUACCGCGACUAUGACUUCCUCCAGCUAUUGGCAAUCUUGCCCUGGUUUGCCAUGUUGUUCGCAGCCAUCUCAGCCGCCUCACUGGCCGUCGCUCAUCGCAGGGCCACGCAACAGAGUAGAUCUCAAGAGCGACUGGAUGAAAAGCAGGUGGAUCAGUGGAAAGAAUCGGCAUCGCCCCGGCCCUUGUAG